AUGUUAUUUUUCGACAAAGGCGUCAGUCGAUUGUGUAAUUAGGACUGUAUCAGUACUGGUUUCUGUUAAAUUUAUACAUGUCUGCGAUGUUAUGUGAAAACAACUAAUAUUAAUUAAAAAAUAAUUGUUUUAUAUUUAUGUCAUGUGACCAAUAACGUGUGUGGUUUAGAAAUUAGUGUUUUUUUUAUAAGAAGUGACGAAACAAACAUUCGUUUGGUUUAGUGUUGGUUUAGUGGGCCAAGAAUUUUAAAACGUUUUAGGUAUGUUAUCGUCUAGAUGGUAUGAGGUCUAUGUGACGAACAAAGCAAAAUGGGAAAAUUACGACAAUAUCAAGUCACAUUGGCAUGUUCCCUGGGAAAUUUCGUCACCGGCGUUUUAUAUGUCUGGCCAUCUUACACUCUGCAUCAAUACACGUCGUCUAAUACAACACUAUUAAAAGAACCCAUGACGGAAGUAGAAGGAUCGUUACUAGGUAGUCUGCCGAGUUUGGGCGCUAUGGUGGGGACCAUGCUCGCUGGUCCGGUGAUCAAUGCACUGGGGAGGCAGAAAGGAGGCCUGUGUAUUGCUAUGCCGUUUGUGUUAUCAUGGCUAGCAGUGGAUUUGAGUUCAUCAUCUGUAUUCGUUCUAUUGGCAAGGUUUGUGGGUGGGAUGGCGUGUGGAGCAUGCUUCGUUCAUAGCCCAGUGUUUAUAUCUGAAAUUGCUGAUCAGUCUAUACGGGGGUUACUAGCUACAGCUCCUAUGGCGUUUUACUGUUUGGGUAUAUUCGUAUCGUUUGUUAUGGGUUGGACCCUCACUUUCAAAUAUAUAAUUUGGAUUAAUAUUUUCUUUUGCCUUUUGUAUGCGGCGCUUUUAAUGUCUGUCAGGGAGAGUCCUGUGUUUUUGUUUAUGAAGAACAAUGAAGAGGAAGCGAGACAAUCCAUCGCUUAUUAUAAAGGUGUUUCACCCGAGUCCAAGUCAGUGCUAGAAGAACUGUCCAGACUUAAACAACAAUUGUUACCUUCUGUAGAACUCGUUUCUAUAAACGGAGAUGGUAAAAUUGAAGAAGCGGAGAAAGAAAAAUUGAACGACGAGGAUAAUGAAGCGCAGAAUGAUACGCAGAAAAUGCCAGCUUAUAAAAUGCUAUUGUUUUCUCCAACUUCGAGACGUGCUUUCAUUAUUGUUUCGUUGACAGUAUCAUUUCAGGUGCUAAUGGGCAUGGUAGCCGUGCAAGUAUACGCUAAGGUCAUAUUCUCGGAAGCGGCACCAAGCCUGUCGUCCCACAUGUGUUCCGUGCUGUUCGCGCUGGUUCUUCUAUUGGGGUGUGUGUCGUGCGCCUUAUUUUCGGAUAGAUUUGGGAGGAAGCCGCUCAUAAUCGGGUCUUCAAUAAUCGUGGCCAUAUGCCUCAGCGGUAUGGGUGUGUUGAUGCAGACCAGCAUAGCGCCGGCGUGGGUGACAGCUGUAAUGAUUCUGGUGUUCUGUUUCGUCUUUAUGUUUGGCGCUGGUAGCGUCCCGUAUGUGCUCCUUGCUGAACUGUUCGUCACUGAGGUCCAAAGCUUAGCCUCAAUGAUAGUUAUGGAAUUGGUUUGGCUUCUUAACUUCCUUCUGGUUGGUGUUUUCCCCUUCAUGAGUAAAGCGUUGGGUAUCUACGGAUGCUUCUACAUUUUUGCUGUAUUUGGAGUAUUGGACGCCUUGGUGGGAAUCUUUCUAGUACCAGAAACUAAAGGUCUAUCCAAGGACCAGAUUCAAGAAAGGCUGAGAGGACGACGUGCUGAAAUUUAAGACUUUUAAGAUGAUAGAUGCUUUUGUGAAAAUUAGUUCUUAUGUGCUUACAAUUAGAAUCAUUUUGACAGUAUGACUUGCUAUGUUAAUGAAAUAAGUGUAAAAUAUGACUUGAGUAGGAUGUCUGGAAGCUGUCGUAAUGUAAAUUAUUAGUUGGAAUAAGACAAAAAUAAUAUUGUCAGGACGGAUUUAGAACUUGUGAUUCAAUUGUCAGCUCGUAGAUCAAGUGUAAUAGUAAUAUAGUACUUUUCUUAUGUCACCGGCAAUGGAGCUGUCGGGUCGCCUGAUGGUAAGUGUCUCUACAAAUGGAUUGUCGACUUCAAAUUGGGAAGGGAUUAACAAUUGUUAAGAGGUAUCUUUGUGAUGUUUUUCUAUCAUAGCAAGUUUGUAGCAUUGUAUUUUCAAAACACUAUCAGAUUAGCAUAUAUCCUGGACCAUAUCAAAUAUUUUUCUGUUUAGUUUUAAUGCAGUGGAUAACACUGCAUUAAAAUAUACUGGAUAUUUUAAGGCAUUAUAAAACACGCUUUAAGCAUGAGCUUACUAUAUGAAUAGUUCCCUUAAUAAAUAGUAAAAUUGACGACUUCUUAUUUGGAUAAGUCAAAUAAUGUAUAUUUAUAUAAAUAGUUGCUUCAGAUCAAAAAGUUUGAUUAAUCUAUUAGAUAUAAAAUAGUUUUAACCUUGUUAUGAAGAUGACUAGUGUAAAUAGACCUGCCUAUUGUAACGAUGUGACUUCGAAACAAGGACCAAGAUAUAACUCUAGGAAUCCUGGUUAAAUAUUGAUAGAAUGUGAACCUUUAAAAUUUAAAUUAAUGACUACAUCCUAAGGCAUGUUCCUUUUCUCCACCCUCACCAGUACUUUCCCUUAUUCCUCUCGAGAAACCUUUUUUAAUCCUUAUCUUGUAAAGUCAAUAUAUUUGAGAGCGCCUUUACCGACUCUGAUAAGUAAUCAAAAUUUACAUCAAAAUAAUUCUUAGAAUGAUAAAUGAACAAAUAAUUUUGUGUAAAUCCUAGUAUAUAGACAUAAUUGUGCUAAUAUUUGUUUAUAACAAUAUUGAUAUCUUAAAUGUAUGUGUACAAAACUCGAUGUGGAGUUAUAUAACAAUAUCUUAAUUAUUAUCCAAUGAAGGACAUUAGUUAUAUAGUUAAUUAUGUUAAGGCUUUAUAAGAUAGAAUCCGUAUUUAGAACGCUACAAAUCUUGCAUAGAUACCCACGGCCCAUGGCAAAGGAGCCGUGGGUUAUGUCUGAUUCUUAUCGACUAAAACUCCACUGUGUUCCGUCGAGCCGCUUUAGUGAAGGGACCAUGGAAGCUGGUACUAAUCCCACGACUAACCUGACGCCACUGACGCCGUAGUGUCCUUUAUACUUAUAUUGAAACUCUUUGACUUUAUUUUAUUAUCUGUCAUUUAAACUGACAGAUAAGUGAACUCACUACAACUGUAUAAUGCUUCAUUUAAUCUUAAUAAUUGUUAAGGCUUGUAAAUAAAUCUGCAUAAGUGUAAAUAUUGUUAUUUAGUGUUCUGCUUUAAUAAACGCACAUCUGUUAUCUGA